GCAGCAGGUUGCUAGGCAACGUAUCAUGGGCGUGAUUUUCUGUGUUAUGGCGCAUUAAUAUGUUAAUCUGUGAGUGACGCGGCUCCCAGCAUCCCGUCCUCCCGUCGUUUCCCUGAGUCAUCGCGGAGCACCGGCGGUCUGCGGGAGGACUUCUUUAUCUUAACGGUUCUCGUCCUUCUGAUGACCCACGUGGGUCCGAGCUGCCACGACAUGACAGCACUGGCCCCGCCUCCCGCACCGCUGACCACCAGUAGGAACUCAUCUCCCGCUCGAUCCCCGACCAAUCACAGCGGCCCUCCAGAGAAGGAGGAGGUGCUGCGGGACAAGGAGCGCCGCGCCCAGCAGCAGCUGGACCGCUGCGCCGAGGAGCGAGGGAGGAAGAUGGAGGUGCAGAAGAGGAAGGAGCAGCAGCGCCGGGCGGCCGCCGGGGAGAAGAGGCGCCAGCAGCAGGAGGCCGAGAAGGAGAGGCUGGAGGCCCUGGUCCGCCGGAGAGCUGGAGGCGCCGAGAGACGAGGAGGAGGAGGAGGAGGAGGAGGAGGAGGAGGGGGGGGGGAGGCUCGAGACCACCUGGACAACAGGCCUAAGCGCUGGACCUGGGGAGGACCGCCUGACGGAGUGGAGGGUAACCCUAAGACCCCGCCCUGCCCUGCCAUUGUCUCCGCUCUGUCCAAUGAGCUUCCUGCUGCUUCCUCCAGCGCCAGACAAUCCCGUAACGUGAGUGACUUCCUGUCUCCGCCCGGCAUGGAUCAGCCAAUCAGCAAGCAGCUCUCCAACUCGUCAGCUGCCGUCCUCUCGCCAGAGAGAGUGUCUUUUGUGUCCCAUCGAACAGCUUCCCCCAGCAACCACAGACCGAACAGAAGUUCCUCCAACCGCAGGAGCAUCGCUGGAGUCCCUGAGGACACGUCCAGAGGCAAAGGAUCCACGGGCGAAAACCUCAACACACCGAACCGCAGUAGUUCCUUCAGGGGCAACAGCAAGGGCCCCGCUACACCCAAACGGGUGAGGUCAAACAGGAGUCGGGCCCAGUCGCCCUGCUCCCCCGGCCAGUACCCCCCCUCCCCUCUGCGGCACAGGGCCACCACCCCCGGCGCCGACGACAGGGGUCACCCCGAGGUCAAAGGUCACAGCACCCUGGAGAGGAAAGGCACCAAAUCUGAGACCUCGGAGAAAAAGAUCCCCAAAUCCACCAGCAAAGAACUGAAUGCAGAGUCCCCGGGGACGCCGACAGGACGCAGCGUCGGCGGGACGACGGAUGCUGAGGAGGCGUCCCGCCUGCUGGCCGAGAGGAGGCGCCUGGCCCGCAUCCAGAAGGAGCAGGAGGAGAGACAGCGGGUGGAGGAGGAGAGGCUGAAGGCCGAGGAGGAGCAGAGGAGGCAGCAGGAGGCGAAGGAGAGGCAGGAGAGGGCGGCGCUGCAGGCCGAGGAGGAGAAGGCGAGGCGGGAGGAGGAGAGGAGGAACCGGGAGGACGAGGAGAGGCGGCAGAAGGAGCAGAGGUGGAAGGACAUGCAGGACCAGCUGGACAGAGAGAGGGAGGAGGCCGUGCUGAGAGCCCAGAGGGAGGCGGAGAGGAAGAGGCAGGAGAGGGAGCUGCUCCACAUCCAGGAGGAGCAGGAGAGGCUGCAGAGGAAGAAGAGGAUCGAGGAGAUCAUGAAGAGAACGAGGAAGAGCGAAGCGGAGCCUCUGUGUGGUGCAGCAGCCGCGGUCCUGUCAGAGGACGAGGCCCCCCCGACUCCAGCCGAGGCCCCCGUCAUCCUGCUGGGACCCCUGGAGAAUAAGAGCUUUGUGGACGAGCUGUCUGACGGAGUCCAGUCCAUGGACGUCAGUUCUCCAUCUGUCUCCAUCAGUCCAGUUUCCAGGGACGAGCAGCCCAGCGUCCACGAGUUCUCCCCGCUCGCCGAGGGGCCUGAAAGCUGCACCCUGGAGCACCUCAUGGACCUUGAGGCCCCCGCCUACCCCAAGCUGCAGGCCGGCAGCGGGGUGGGGGACCUCAACAAGAACCUUCUGAUCCAAGCCUACAGCGUCGCCUCCGAGUCCUCCCAGCUCAUCCACAGCGUCGGGCCCAGCAAGCUGGACGUCCAGUAGCCAGGAGCCGGCCGGUUUCCAUGGAAACGGGAGGAGCAGCCC